AUCUGGGUAUUAACCGGUAAAAGCUCAAACGCCUAGCAGCAGGGAGGAGAUGGCGCCGAUGUCUUCUUCUUCAAAACUCAAAAUUUGAGAAUUAUUUUGUUCUAAAAUCUAAAACCUUAUCACGAAGAAAAUGACGCUAUUCCUUCACUCUCUUCGUCUCAAUUCUUUCGCAAGAUUUCGCCUUUGCUCUCUCUUCCCUCCUCUCCCUCAGAAUGGAAGAAGAGAUGCUACCACUUGUGUUGGGAGGAAAGCCCGACUUCUAUGUUCUGUUGCAAAUGUUUCAGAAUUUUUUGAAUGUGAUCAACUCCAUGAUGAUAUAGAGUCAACAGAGAAAGAUGCUGCCCUUCGUCUGGCUCUCACUCAACUUGCUGGUGAAUUUGGUAGAGAGUCUAUGUUGUCUUUGCGGCGGUUUUUCAGCUCAAGGCAUGCUCCUGUGAUACCUACUGGCUCAUUGAAGCUUGAUCUCGCACUUGGCAUUGGUGGAUUACCUAAGGGAAGAAUGGUUGAAAUCUAUGGGCGAGAAGCUUCAGGGAAGACGACGCUUGCACUUCAUAUUAUCAAGGAAGCUCAAAAGCGUGGUGGAUACUGUGCAUAUCUUGAUGCUGAGAAUGCAUUGGACGCUUCAUUUGUAGAAUCAAUGGGAGUAAACACAGAUAAUCUUCUUAUUUCUCCUCCAGAUUCAGCUGAAAGAUUGUUGAGUGUAGUUGAUACACUGACCAAGAGUGGUUCUAUUGAUGUGAUUGUGGUUGAUAGUGUAGCUGCUCUUGUUCCCCAACAUGAGCUUGAUACUUCGAUUAUAAGCGUACAGGACACACGAUCAAGAAUAAUUAGCCAAGCACUUCGGAAAAUUCAUUAUUCUUUAUGCCAGUCUAAAACCCUUAUCGUAUUUCUUAAUCAGGUUAGAUCAAAUGUGAAGUCAGGAAAAGGUCUAGGAUGUGUGGGUGAGGACACUUGCGGGGGAAAUGCCUUAAAAUUCUAUUCAGCUGUACGGUUGAGAAUGGUAAAAACAGGAUUGCUCAAGACUGAGGAUAAGGCAACUGGCCUUGCAGUUUCUGUUCAAGUGGUGAAAAAUAAAUUGGCGCCUGCAAUGAAAAAAGCUGAUAUUGGGAUACAGUUCGGCAGAGGCUUUCGAAGUGAAUCUGAGAUCUUGGAGUUGGCUUGUGAACAUGAAGUUAUCAUGAAAGAUGGAAACACCUACCUUAUUGAAGGAGAGGUUAUCAGCGACAAACAUGCAGCUGAAGGAUAUCUUUCUGAAAAUUAUGAGGUUCUUGAUAGAAUAGUUGUGGCUUUGAGAAGACAAUUGUUUGGAAGAUAGAUAAUAUGUUACGCAUAUGACUGCAUUAACUCUACUCCUAAGAAACAGGAAAUCUCAACUUAGACAUUCCAAUUUGGCUAUGGACUUGCAUAUACUGGGAAACUAUCCGAUUGAGAAUUUGAAUUUACAAGUGCAUAGCAAUUGCAUCAGAGCUUUAUUUGCUAAGAUUGAAGGCUUACUACUGGAAUUAGAUGAGUUUUGCAGGUUGAGGCAUAUGACAUUACCAGCUUCAAAAGUGCAUUUCCCAGCAUUGUUGUACGCAUUAUUCAUGUAGGUUAACUGUAGCUUUCCCUCAAAAUCUGUUAGAGGUUCGGCAUUGUAUGAAAACUGUAUAUUUACCUUUUAUAAACUUAUGAAAAUUUCCCAGCAUUGUUGUACGCA